GUCCCGGUGCAGGUACAUUUACCUGUCGCCUGACCGCCCGCCUCCCGGGGGCGGGGCUUCGACACGCCCGCCAAUCAGAGCGCGAACUCGGAGCCGACCCCUUUAAGAGCGCGCCACUGCGGACCGCGGGGAUAUCCUGUGACAGCGAGAUGAGGUGCGGAUCUCCGCCGCCACCAUGCGCCCCGGGCUCCCCAGGACCGCCUGCCUGCUGCGCUGCGCUGCCCUCCUCGGACUGGUGCUGCACGCCUCCGCGUUCUUCGGGUUGACCGGCAAGGAGCCCGUGGCGCUGCUGCCCGCUCCGCUCCCCCAGUCCGGGGACACUCCGGCCGGCCGGGCCCACCUCAAGCAGUGCGAGCAGCUGAAGCUCACGCGCAAACAGAAGCGUCUGUGCCGGAGGGAACCGGGCCUGGCCGAAACGCUGCGGGACUCGGUGCGCCUCAGCCUGAUGGAGUGUCACUACCAGCUCAGGAGCGAGCGCUGGAACUGCAGUCUGGACGGCCGCCGGAGCCUCCUCAAGAGAGGGUUCAAGGAGACAGCCUUCCUGUUUGCGAUGUCCUCGGCUGCUCUCACCCACUCGCUGGCCAAGGCCUGCAGCUCUGGGCGCAUGGAGAGGUGCACGUGUGAUGACUCGUCGGACCUGGAACACCGGGAGGCCUGGCAGUGGGGCGUCUGCGGGGACAACCUCAAGUACAGCACCAAGUUCCUCAAGAACUUCCUGGGCCAGAGGAAGAUCAGCAAAGACCUGCGGGCACGAGCAGACAUGCACAACACUGAGGCGGGCAUCCGGGCUGUCAAGAGUGGCCUGAAGACCACCUGCAAGUGCCAUGGAGUGUCGGGGUCCUGCACAGUCCGAACCUGUUGGAAGCAACUGUCUCCAUUUCAUGAGACGGGCAGGAUGCUCAAAUUCAAGUACGAGUCGGCGGUGAAGGUUGUCAGCGUCACCAACUCGGCCACCGGGGAGGCGGAGCUUGUGGGGCCACGCCGCUCCGGCCAGCUGCCCCGUCCCACAGACCUUGUCUACCUGGAGGACUCUCCCAGUUUCUGCCGACCAUCUCGGUAUUCCCCUGGCACCGGUGGGCGGGUGUGUGCAAAGGAGACCACCUGCGACAGCCUGUGCUGCGGGCGGGGGUACAACACGGCACUCCGGACCACCGCCUUCUCAUGCCACUGCCAAGUGCAGUGGUGCUGCCAUGUGGAGUGCCAGACUUGCAUCCAGGAAGAAGAAGUGUACACCUGCAAGCACUGAGCGCCAAGGCGGGCGCGGAACGUGAGCCAGGAGACGAGGGGGUCAGCGCCAGGAGCCCAGCUGGCCGGAAAUGGAGGGUGUGACGCCACGAGGGAGCUCGGCCAGACGCGCACACACACACCCACCCACCGCGGCUCCUAUCGCUUUCUCAGGCUGAUAACGUUUUGUUUUCCCAUCUGUGGAAACUCACCACCCCGUCCAGAGCGCCGGACCUCGUCCGCCAGGCAGUGCAGGACAGGGGAGAGUGUGGCACGCUGGCCAUCGUGGAAAAUGAGCAGGACAGACCCUGCUUUCCAAACUUUGGGCUUUGCUCGAUGCACUUGCGGACCCCCCAUUGUAUCUGACUGCUUAAACGGAAAUGACUGGCAGCCGAUUGAGUCCAAGCACACGACCAGGACGUGCACAGAGUCCACCCGUCCCCUAAUUGUACAGGUGGGCACACUGGAUUGGACGCCCCUCUGAUCCUCACCCGCUCAUUCUAUUUACCGCUAUUGCUCUUUGGUCCAGGGAGGUGCCCGUGUCCAGAGAGAAGGUCAGCUGUCCACCUCCAUAUGGCCACAGUAAGGCUCUGCAUGGCCCUUCUCGAUAUUUUUACGGCGCCCCCUGCAGGGACACAUAGUGAAUGGGGGGACACAUAGGGACACCAGCCUGUCACUUCCACAUCUUGGGUUGUAAAGUGGUCCACACAGAGACCACUGAAACAAGUCACCCAACCCCUGGACCCCCUGCCUGACCUUAGAGCCCUGGACUGCACACAUGUGAGGGGCGGGGCAAAGAAAGGGAAGGUGGGUGUAUUGAGGGCAGCUUCAAAGAAAUGGGGUGGCACCUAAGACAGCGAUUGGCUGUUUGCCUGUCCAUCUGAAAUUAGACCACAAAAAUGACUGGAGUCCUCAUUUGGGGUCUUCGCUUUCUUCGUCUCACUUGAUCUUCUGCUUUCCCAAACUGGUCCCUGCAGUGCCAGUACUCCUGGUGGGUAUGAAGAUGUUGGCAUCAAGCCUCUCACCCCAUUGCAUUGGAGGGCACGAAUCUAAACAGAUCAGCUGACACGUGUGUCCCCCCCCCCCCCCACUGUGCAUGUCAGGGUGGGCACACGUCAUGGGGCACCAUGUGGACUGGCAUGGUUGGUAGAGCACUUUUAGACUCAAUAAACAAGCACUUAAAUCAGGGGGCACAUGACCAGAGUGGAUGGCACUAAAAGUGGGCACAGCAGCAGCGUGAGGGAAAAGUGAAAUGAAGCGGGAAAGGCUGGGAGGCCUGACCACUGGGGGCGCUAGAGAGUAGACGGGAAUAGGCAGGACUGGAGGGUGACCUGAGGAGUGGACAGCAGUGGACAUCAGGAAAGAAGAGUGACAGGGACGGGAGAGACGUGGAAGCUGCAAGGAAAGAAACUGGAAGGGCACAAGUGGCACUCAGAGGGUAAAAUGUUCAAAUUAAAAGAAAGAACAAAACACAAAAUAAAAAGACAAAAAAUGAAGAAAACGAAGAAAAGACAAAAAAGGAAAAAAAUUCCAUCUACGGUGUCGAGGGGACGGAGCCUAACAUGACCGCAUUGGUCAAAGCCCACCCUGGAAGGACCAGCAGCCCGCCACAGAGCCAUUACUAGUGACGAUAAAGAGUGGAAACGAGUUGGUGACCAAUAUGGGAGUUGCAAAUGACCAGUGAAUGAGUGAGAAGAGUGGACAUCACAGCCACCGGGCACAGCUAGAGUGACCCGCUGCCCAUUUGAGCCCAGUGGUCUCCCCCGUCCAGUACAAUGUGGCGCAUCAGGGGUUCAGCCUUGGGGCUCGGAGUGAAGCCAUUGACCGUCAGAAGUGGGCCACUGGGAGUCUUUGGGGCGCAUUGGGGUCAUGGAAGGUCAUUUAGAGUCUUGAUGGUCAUUGGGGUCUUUAAGGAUCAUUGGGGCAUUGAGUUUAUAGAAGGCCACCUUAGGGUCUUGGAAGGUCAUUUCAGUUAUUUAAAGGUCAUUGAGGCUCUUUGGGGUCUUGUGAGGGUCAUUUGGGGGUCUUUAAGGGCUCAUUGCCAUCUCAGUGUGCCCUGACUGUUUAAUUCACGUCACGCCUGUUUGGGCGGUCGGCUCUGAUGGCCAUUAUGUCCACCAUGUGAUUUGCAUUUGAGUGAGGGGAGAAACCGAGACCACCGCGUCCAAUCCGAUUUGUCUUUUUCUACCUCACCUGCGCCGCUUGGCCGACGGAUGGCAGCCCCUAUUUAUGUUGUUAUUUAAUUGUCGACGACACUGCCUUGUAUAUAGCGCCUCUUCUUCUCCUUUUCAAUUCUAAACCAAUAAACUUGCUGCAUUUGUA